AUGCUGCACAAAUAUCUUCUUCUGCCGCUUUUGGCGUCAUAUGGUGCCGCUGUCACCAUUUCCGUAGCGAAAUCUGGGGGCAAUGCCACAUCGGGUCUGCAAUAUGGUGCGAUGGAAGAGGAAAUCAACCACUGUGGAGAAGGAGGUCUCUAUGCCGAAUUGAUCCGCAACAGAGCCUUCCAGGGGAGUAAGAAGUUCCCUUCGUCGCUGGAGGCCUGGUCUGCUGUUGGUGACUCAUCGCUGUCCCUGAAGAACCUCACCGACCCACUGUCAACCGCCCUCCCCACUUCGGUUAAUGUCAAGGGUUCUGGCACAGCUGGGUUGAGUAAUGUGGGUUUCUGGGGCAUUGAUGUCCGUCCUCAGAAGUAUUCCGGGUCAUUCUACGUGAAAGGUUCCUAUGAAGGCUCCUUCACGGCCUCUCUCCUCUCUUCCAGCGGCAAGGUUCUCGCCACUACCAAGGUUGCCUCAAAGAGUGUUGCAGACGAUUGGGUGCAACAUGAGUUUGUUCUUACUUCCAAAGAAAAGGCUUCCGAUACCAAGAAUACGUUCUCGCUGACCUUUGAUGGCUCGAAAGCAUCAAGUGGCUCGCUUGACUUUAACCUCAUCAGCUUAUUCCCUCCUACGUGGAAUGAUCGUCCCAACGGUAUGCGCCGAGACUUGAUGCAAGCCAUGGCUGAUAUGGGACCUACAUUCCUUCGCUUCCCUGGUGGAAAUAACAUGGAGGGUGAUACCAUCGAAGGCCGCUGGAAGUGGAACGAGACUAUUGGACCACUCAAGGACCGACCCGGUCGUGCAACCACCUGGCAAUACCAGGAGACCCUUGGAUUGGGUUUGGUCGAGUACAUGGAGUGGUGCGACGACCUUGGCAUGGAGCCCAUCUUGGGAGUUUACGCCGGACUUGGUCUAAGCGGGGAAAUUGUCCCCGAAGCCGACCUCGAUUUCUAUGUGCAAGAUGCGCUCAACGAGAUCGAGUUCUUGACCGGCUCUGUGGACACAGAGUACGGUGCGCUACGCGCCAAAGUUGGACACCCAGAGCCGUGGAAAAUUCGCUAUGUCGAGGUUGGAAACGAGGAUAUGCUGAGCAACGGCCUAGAAUCGUACAGGGCCUACCGGUUCAAGGCAUUCUAUGACGCUAUCACGGCUAAGUACCCCGAUAUCCAGGUCCUUGCGUCUACUAUCGAUUUGACAAUUCCCGGAACUGCAGGUGGUGAUUACCAUCUGUACGAUACUCCGGAUAACUUCGUCAGCAAGUUCAACAUGUUUGACAGUUUUGCGCCUGAGCAUCCUAUCUUGCUCGGUGAGAUUGCCGCUACGUCGCCAUUGAACGGAGAGGAAAUCGACUGGAAUGAUACCCAUUUCUCCCUGUAUCCUUGGUGGAUCGGCACCGUUGCCGAGGCUGUGUUCCUUAUUGGCGCAGAGCGCAACGCAGACAGGGUUAUUGGAAGUACCUACGCCCCCUUCAUGAUGAACUUGGACGCCUACCAAUGGUCCCCAACCAUGCUCUCCUUCAACGCGGAUCCAGACCAGACAGCUCGAUCAACUAGCUGGCACGCGUGGACUCUGUUCAACCACAACAUCAUGACAAACACCCUCCCAGCAACUUCCCCUGACGCCUUCGGUCCUCUGUACUAUGUGACUGGUCAGAACAGCAAGACGGACUCGCACGUCUUCAAGGGAGCAGUAUACAACAGCACAUCGGACGUGCCUGUAUCACUGACAUUCGAGGGUGUCGGCCGUGGCACCAAGGCGGACUUGACCAUCCUAACUGCACCAGAUCCAUUUGCGAUGAACGAGGUGGGCGGAUCGAACAUGGUCAACAGCAAGACCACCCAGAUCAAGGCUGGCAAGAAGGGCGAGUUCUCUUUCAAGCUGCCCAACCUGAGUGUUGCGGUUCUUACUACCAACUAA